CCCAAGAAGUCCAAUAUAAAACGAGUCUUGACACAUUUAUCAAUUCCUGUUCUGAAUAAUGAAACUCUCCGUUGUUCUUGCACUUUUCAUUAUUUUCCAACUUGGAGCUGCAAGUCUUAUGCGUAACUGGAUGUUCGAUUUUGAGAAAGAAUUGGAACACGAUUAUGAUGAUUCGGAAAUUGGAUUCCAUAACAUUCACUCCCUGAUGGCCAGAUCAAGAAGAGGAGACAAAGUGAAGAUUUGUGGUACAAAAGUUCUGAAAAUGGUGAUGGUAAUGUGUGGAGGAGAAUGUUCAUCAACGAAUGAGAACAUCGCUACAGAAUGCUGUGAAAAAAUGUGCACAAUGGAAGAUAUAACUACUAAGUGCUGCCCUUCAAGAUGAGAGUGCUGUGGCUGGAAAAUAGGGAAACGAUUCUCUAGAUCAAUUUACCCCUACAUUACAUGCCAAUCUAAUUGUCAAUUUUACGAGUUGUCUCAUAACUUCUUUCCGUUAUCUCAAAUACUAUUUUGCUCUCACCGUCUAUACCACCAAAUCUUCAUCCGUUUCAUAUACUUUUUUGUCAAAAAUAAAAUGACGUUAAUCUUAAAA